UUGCUGGUCUCCAGCCGUGGAUGUAGACAUUCUUUGUGGCCAUGGUCUUGGUUACGCUUGGAGCGCUAGGGUUGGCUGCAGGGGGCGCAGCCUAUGUCAAGACAUCUCCAAAAGCGGCUGAGACUUUGGAAAUCGCUUUGGGUUGGAAAAGGCCACAGCGAAGAACUUGCAGCGAAGACGGGGCUGUCCCAUUUGUUGACCAAGAUGCGCCCUUGGUGCGUUGCUUCGGGCGAGAGCGAUGUGGUGAGCAACGGCUUUUUGCAUUGUUCACCGACCAGGUGUUGUUGAAUUCGACUCCAGGUGAGCCUCAAGAGACCUUCAAUGUGACUGGUGCUGAAGUCACUCAGCAAGGUGCUGUGGUGAUUUUGCAGUGGAGUGACUCUGCAGUUACACUCUGGUUUGAAAACGUGGACGAAGCGGAGUUCUGGGGUGAAGCUUUGGGCUUUGCUGCGGGUGUCAGCUCUGAACUGGCUUUUGAGGGCUCCCAUGAGAAAGUGCAGGAGUUGGAGGAUAGGGUUGCAACAGCGCUGAGAGCUGCUUAUGAGCGAUCGGCCAGGAUAAAAGAGCUUGAGGACACCAUUGAAGCAGGGAAGGAGCGUGAGCUUCGAAUACAUCAGCUUGAAGAGGUUCUCCAUGACACUUUGGAAGAGGCUGAGGCCAGGGCUGAGAAGAUCGAGAUGCUGGAGUGGAAGUUGGAGUCACGAGGAUCUGACCCGGCAGCCACUGCACUCUUGCAAGAUGCAAUGGACUUUGCAGAUGAACUUUUGGAACAGCACUCAGAUUUGUGGACAGAAGAUGACAGUGCAGCACAGUUGCGAGAGGCAGUGCAAGCCGUGCAGCAGUCAAAACCUGACAUUGAUUCUGAUGUGGCUGAACUGAUUCGGCAGCUGGUCACGGCCCUCCGAUGGCCUGUGGUUCUGCGAGAGCGUUUGGCAGACGCUGAGGCAACUAUGAAGGAGCAAGAAGAAAUUCAGGAGGAGGCACUGCGCGAGAUCAUAGACCUUCAAAAGCAGUGUGACACCCUCACAGCAGAGUCCGAGGAGCAGAAAACUGCACUCGCGGCUGCCAAGGAGCAGAAGAGCUUGACAGAUGCCGCUCAUGAAGAGGAAAUGCAGAAGCUCAAGGAACGUGAAGAAGCUGCAGAACGCAAACGUUUGGAAGCAGAGGAAAAGGCCAAAGAACUUCGAGAGCUUCUCGACUACGCAGACCAAGCUGCGGAAGAGGCAGUUCAAAGAAAACGUGCUGAGUUGGAGAAAGCUCAUGCCGAAGAGAUACAGAAGCUUCGCCAUUUGACAGAUGUUGCAGACACACAGCAGAAGGAGGCCCAUGCUAAGGCAGUAGAGUUGCACGAGCAGCUGGCUGCAGCAGAAGCUGCAAUAGAUGCACGUGCUGCGGAAGAGACUGAGAAGCUGAGUGCUAAGCACCAAGAGGAAAUUACAAGCCUAAAGCGCCAGAUUGUGAGAGCAGAGGAACAACGGGACCAUGCAAAAGGACAGGCCAAUUCUUUGAACAAGCAGCUGGAAGAUUCUCAAACAGCAAAAAGUGAGGAGCUGGACCACCUGAAGGAAGCCUUGGACGAGGCUCGAAAGCUCCAAUCUGCAGACAGAGAGCUUUUGGAGGAGAGGCAGAAGCAAGACGCGCACUACGUCGCCGAACUGGAGGAGCUGAAGCGGAACAGGGAGGCGAGUGAUCGCAACAGAGCUGAGGCUGAAGGACAUUUGAGUGAGUUGCGGGAGAUGCUUGCAUCGGCACAGAAGAGGAGUGAUGAUGCUGUUGAAUCCUCAAAGUCGAUCGAAAGCAAGCAUGCGCAGGCGGUGGUUGAGCUUCGAGGCAUGCAAAGCCGCUGUGAGUCGGCUGAAAUUCAGGAGGAGCUUGCAGAGGCCAAAGCUCAAAGGCUCAAGGAGAAGCUCAUGACAGAGAUGCAGGCAGCGCAAGCAGCAGAUGAGGGAAGCAAAAUGCAGAAAUUGGAGAAGGCAAGAGAUCGAGAGCUUGAGGACGUGCGGCAACUCCAGCGUGAAGCGGAGUCCAAUAGGAAAGCAGCUGAUGCCAGGGCGGAAGAGCUUCGCAAGCGGUUGGAGGAAGCCGAGAGGAGAGCGCAUGAAGCCGCCCAGCAGCAGAAAGCUUCCCUGGAUGCCGCGCGCGAAGAGGAGGUGAACAACUUGCGGAAGCAAAUGCAGACCGCAGAGGAAAAAGUCGAUAAGAUGGAAUCACAAGCCAGUCAAUUCCGAGAGAAAUUGGCUGCUGCUGAGGUGUCGUUGAGUGAGGAGGCUCAGCGCCGCCGUGACUUGCUGGAAAGCGAGAGACUUCGCAGCUUGGGUGAAGGAGGUGCAGAUGCCGCUCAUUGGAAGAUUGCAGCUGAUCAAGCCCACGAGCAGUUCUCGAGUGAGCGAGAAUUCAAAUCGGAGUUUGGUGGGAAGGACAAAGAGUUGGAGCAACGCCUUGAGAAUGCUGAAAGGGCUUUGAAGAGUUUGGAAGCAUCAGAUGAACCACAGUCGCAGAGAAGUCGCGGCGGCAAGAAAGGCCGCAGAGGAUGAGCUGCGCAAAGGCAGCGCACUGCUUGCUCCCUGAGUGCGCCUUUUUCACCAUCAUCACGACGAGCUGUGCCUUCCUGUUGUCGAA